GCCUUCAGCCCCACGGGAAAGUACCUGGCGAGCGGCUCUGGGGAUACCACAGUCCGCUUCUGGGACCUCAGCACGGAGACGCCGCAGUUCACAGCCAAAGGUCACAGGCACUGGGUGCUCAGCAUCGCCUGGUCACCUGAUGGCAAGAAGCUGGCCUCGGGCUGCAAAAACAGCCAGAUAUUUCUCUGGGACCCAGCCACAGGCAAUCAGAUCGGCCGCGUCCUCACUGGCCAUUCCAAAUGGAUCACGUGUCUGUGCUGGGAGCCGCUCCACAUAAACCCAGAGUGCCGCUACCUGGCCAGUGCUUCCAAGGAUGGCAGCAUCCGCAUCUGGGACACACUGAUGGGCAGGUGUGACAAAAUCCUCACGAGCCACACGCAGUCGGUGACUUGUGUGAAGUGGGGCGGCGAUGGCUUGCUCUACUCCUCCUCCCAAGACAGAACUAUCAAAGUGUGGAGAAGCCAGGAUGGCAUCCUCUGCCGCACCUUGCAAGGCCACGCUCACUGGGUGAACACCAUGGCCCUCAGCACAGAUUACGUUCUCCGCACUGGUGCCUUUGAGCCUGCUGAAGCCACCAUCAACCCACAGGAUAUGAGUGGUUCCUUGGCAGAACUGAAGGACAAGGCACAGCAGAGGUAUGAUAAAGUCAGGGGCCAGGGACCAGAAAGGCUUGUCUCAGGUUCAGAUGAUUUCACACUGUUUCUUUGGAGGCCAGCAGAAGACAAGAAGCCACUGGAGAGAAUGACAGGUCACCAGGCAUUGAUUAACCAAGUCCUCUUCUCACCAGACACCCGGAUAAUAGCCAGUGCUUCCUUUGACAAAUCAAUAAAGCUCUGGGAGGGCAGGACAGGAAAGUACCUGACAUCACUGAGAGGACAUGUCUCAGCCGUAUAUCAGAUCGCCUGGUCAGCCGACAGCCGCUUGCUGGUGAGUGGGAGCAGUGACAGCACACUGAAGGUCUGGAAUGCUGAGACAAAGAAACUGGCCAUUGAUCUUCCCGGCCACGCAGAUGAGGUUUUUGCGACAGAUUGGAGCCCAGACGGACAGAGGGUAGCGAGUGGAGGGAAGGAUAAGUGUUUACGGAUAUGGCGUAGAUAGGAGCAGCAACACGAAGCCACAAGUCCUGUCCUAAGCUGGCCUGCCCAUCGACUCAAUCUGCCUGGGAGAUCUGCAAGGCGAUGGACAACGGGGGCUGACCUGGACAUGUCUCAUUGUUCCUGUCAGCUGCUAUCCCUCACGGACUCUUUCCUUAUAUUUAUUUAAGGAAACUUUAAUUUCUGUUCUUAGUAAGGGCUGUGCUUUGCAGGAUCAUUUUCCUCUGAGCAUUACAAGAAGGAAAUCUCAUCUGCCUCCAUCUCAGCCUCCUUUUUAUUGACAUUUCAGCCUUGUAGUAGCCUCACCUUUGAAAAGGAAAAGCAUAGGGGUGGGGACAUGUCAUGCUCUUCCUUCCCGUGUGAAGAAUCCUGCAUGCAAGAAGGCUUUUGGUGGGAACAGAAAGUGUUGUCCUUGUGUGACCUUCAGAGAGGGAGGAGAGAAAAAUACACCACAUCAUUACAGUGCAGAAUUGUGCUCAGCUGUAUGCCUGGGACAAAGAUCUGCUGAGAACAUGGUCUCAGGGCUUCUCGUUAUUCCAGUAAGGUUUUGCCUUUUCACACGGCCCAUUUACUCGUGAGCUGUGCCAAGCAUUAUCUGACAGUGAUUCUCCACAUCCACAGCAGCUAACUCAUUUGCCCAUCCAUUCAGGCCUGAGCGCAACAGGCAUCGGCUUCAAAUUGCUGCAAGAGCUGCAUAGAGUUUUCAGGUCUCAAUGGCUCUUGGAAAUGCAAAAAUGAAUCACUUGUGCUCUUGAACAGGGUGCUCGUUUCCCUUCUACUUCUGACUUGAGGAAGUAAAGAAGGGGUGGGGAGGGGGAAAGAUGGAGCAGCAUGUUGAGUUUCUUAUGGCCCCUGUCCUGGGUAUGAGCUUGAUGGCAGGGCUGGGGCUGUCUCAGUAAAUAGCAAAACUUACGUUGCACAGAGUUGGCUUUCUGGAAUUUCUCAAGUGUAUUUAUUUGCCCAGUGGGCGAGAGGAAUUCACACUAUCAGUAAUAUAUUUGUAAGCUUGUUUGUGAGCCUUUUUAUGUCAAUUCAGUGAAAAUGAUUAAUAGAGAGUAGAGAAUGUAUUAGAGAAUAUACUGUCAGAUUUCAUUGCAGCAAGUCAGCGUGAAGACCAAAACAUUCUGCAUAGCUCUCAUACUGUGGUUGAUAUCCAGUGAUUACUGUGGCUCAGGAGUUUGUUUCCCAGUUGUAGAAAAUGCAUUUUAGAACUUUAUUCCUGCUGACAGGAUUGCUUUGGAUAACUAAGAGAGGAUUUUGCAAUUAUGACUAUUUGCAUCUCUGCAAGUGUUCAGGUCAGCAAAAGACUGGAACAAAAUGCUACAUGUUUAGUAUGACUGAAAACAUGAGUUGUAGUUCCUUUUGUUGUAUCAUUUGACUCUAUCUUAUGGGAAGAACUCAAUAUCCUGUACUGUUCUUUCAUUCAUAUGCUUCCUCUAGCAGAUUCUCGCUGGAAGUGAAGGCCAUGUUGUGUCCAUCUGUGUAAACAAAACCCUUCAAAAUUUGCUAAGGGAAAAGGGUAGGGCAGAGGGUGAUGUAAAACUAUAGCUGAUAAUUCUGCCCCAUCCAGACUAAUGUGCCCUUUGGAAGGAGGGGAGCAUGCUUGUAGCUGGCAGAGCUCCUAUCACUGCCAAGAAGUCUGUAUGCAGUUUCAUAGGGGAAACAACUCUUCUUUUUGCGGCCAGCUCUGUCUUUGUCCCCUAUGUUGACUUGCUGAAAGUGGUACCUUCUGCUGUUCUUUCUGUGGAAAGAGCAUUGUUCUCUGCCUCCUCUAGCAAGGAACCGUACAAGGUUGCUAUGCCCCACAGAUCCACAGUGUGUUUUGUGUUAGAAGUGGUGAUUUAUCCAACUUGGGGGAGAUGUUUCUGCCUGCAGGGACAGGCUUGGUUGUGUUUGCUCUGUUGUCCUCCCUUCCAAACCAAAGCCAUUGCUUUGCCCCCUGGCCACGCUCCUGACCUAGGUUAGUUCCUGCCAUCCUUUCAGAGUCCAAUUCUAUGCUAUUUGGCACAAAACAGAGCCUGACUAAAACUCACCUCCUCAGUGGUAACGCAAAAAGCUUUUCCAAAGCAAAAUGAGAACUCUUGAAAAGAGGGCCUGCAAGUUUACACCAAAAUAUGCCAUCUCAGUCUUAACUGUUUUUUGACCUAAUAGCGGGUAGAUUUUGAAUUAUACCAUGUGAUGAAUUUACAUGUAGACCAAACAGUAUUUUCCUAUCUAAACAGCUGCUCCUAUUUCUAUCAUUUAUACAGUACCAGCCUUCAUGCAUUCUAAGUGCUGGCCCAUUUCCAGCUGCAUUCCCAAGCAAUCCCAUAACACUCCUCCCAGUUUUGUUUGAAAGCAAGAUUUCCUGGGCUUUGCUCUGCAGUUUACUGACUUCUCUUACGUGCUGGGAAACAGCUGCUGCCUUUCCCUUCAGGGCAGCUGCUUUCUGGCAGGUCACAAAGUAGCACUUGGUCAUUCUUGCUCCUUUGAUGACUAGAGCUUUGAUUAGCUAAUUUUUAGAAUUGCAGUUGCAGGUUUGUGUUGGUAGUGUUGUUAAUGGGGAAGACGUUACUUUUUGUUGAAGGACAAACCUAGAAUGUAGGCUUGAGCUCUUUGCUUUGUACAUGCUCAGAGAGCCACCUUCCACUUAGAAAAAAUAUACCAUAAUACCUGACGUUUUCAAACACCGUAUGAUACUGGCACAUACUGAAUUCACUCCAGUUUUGCCCAGGUUUCUUAUUAAUUGUACCACUCACAUGUGCUUACCAGAAGGACGUUAUUUUUCACUGAUACUGUAAGAAUAGUUUCAAGCACAUCUAGCUGACACAGUGCUUCUUCCCACAGAGCCCUCUGACACUUUCUCCUUUAAAAGCUGUGAUAGCUCAGCUUAUGCCACCACUAAUAUUGUUUGAAAUCCCCAAUAGGAGGACAGUGGUGAUAAGGACAGGGAAGCAUGCCAGUCCUCUGAGAAAGGUUUACCCAUUUUGAUUGACUUCCUAGGUAAUAGGAGAGAAGGAGAAGGAAGGAGAGAAGAAAACAGUGAGGCACGUGGAGUGAAGUAGGCUGCCUGGGUUAGAGCUGUGUGGAGUAGGAUGGCGAUGGGAUCCUAUCUCUUGGAUGUAGAUUUAGAUAAGUGGGGCCUUGAACAUCCUUCUGAAAGUUGUUCUCAGGGCUGUGUGUUCUGCUUACCCAGGCAGGAACGCUGGCUAAGUGGUGUACAAGUUGUGCUCUUCAGUUCUUGGUUCCUCCCAACUACACAUUCAUGUUCUCCUCGACUCAGCUGAUUUCUUGAUUAUUGUCCCAGAUCAGUAAUUUAAUUUCCAUGUGCAUACUGAUUGCCUGGGGAGAGAUGAAAAAAAAAAAUAAUAAUUCUUUUGAACAGGAAGAAAAUUAACAUCAUCUUUAUUGUAUGUUAGGAAAGGCAGUCUUCUCUCUGCUUCUUGUUGGGACAGCCUGGGCACCAUUCAGGUAGUGUUUCUCUCUCAGAAAUGGCUGUUUUUGAUGUGUGGCAGAAAAGGGCUUACAGUAAAGAUCAUUAGUGCUUUUGAGGGUAAAAGGAGUUAUGGAAACUCAGAACAGUGAUUUCUGUAUAGUGCUUUAAUCUGGCAGGAAUUCCUCACGUUUCCCUUGUGUAUUCAGACAAGCAACUUGAAAGGUGCUAUCUCCUUCCCAGAUCUUUGCCUCUUGUGAUCAGGAGUCCCAGCCCACAUCUGAGGGGCUAAUUUGGUCAAAUCAAUGUAUUGCAGCCAGGGAAGAGCCACAAACGCAUUUCCAGUAAUGUUAUUUUAUGUUUUCUUUUCCUUGACCCUGUAAGCUGGUUGUCCUUGCUGAGCUGCAGCUAGCUGGUGGGCUGUACAAAUGUGCUCCUGCUAUCACACAGUAUGAUAUUAAAGAAAUAAACUCAGCAUGCAA